UCUGGGCUCGGCCGAAGAGACUGGGGCCGUGUGCCUGUCCCGCCGUACCUGCGCCAGGCGCUCGCCCGACCUUCGCCACCGUGAUGUCCGAGUGCCCCUUAGCUCGGUGGCACCGAUCUGUUCGUUUCUGCUAUUUAUUCUUUCCGUGAUGGUUUAAGAAAGAAAAGGAGGCAUACUGCUCGAUUGCCAGCAGUCUGCUAUCUCUUUACAUCUGCUAAUUUCCUAAAACACAUAGCUCUAUUUAAAACAUAUGUGAGAACUACAGUGUUUUCACAUGCCCUAUACUUAUUGCAGUUUUGCAAUUCAUCAUCUGGACUGGGAAAUUCAGGAAUUGCAGACAUAUAUAUAGUGUCUGUUUUCCAUCUUUGCUCAUUCUCCACAUCCAGAUGUCCUUUAGUGUGGCUGGUGAAGAGGACUUCUUUUUGGAAGAAAAAAGAUUCAAGCAGGACUGUGAAGAAUUUAUUAAACAUUCACAGCAAAUAGGAGAUGGUUGGGAGUGGAGAACUAGCAAGGACUUUGCUGAUGGUUAUCUUAGUAAAACGCACUUCCAAAUAACAAGUAGAAAUGUCUCACCAGAUCUCAAGGAAAAAAACAAUGAUAACAUUGAACAAACGUUAUUUAUGCAUGUUGAAGAAUCUUUGGAUGAUUCUCAAGUAGAUGGAGUUUGUGCAGCAGCAGAAGUGAUUCGCUAUGAGUAUCAUGUCUUGUACUCCAGCAGCUACCAAGUACCUGUGCUUUAUUUUAGGGCAUGCUUUUUAGAUGGUAGGCCUUUAACUCUGGAUGAAAUAUGGAAAAGCGUUCAUGCAUGCUACCAGGCUCGGCUGCUGGAGGGGCCCUGGGACACUAUUACACAGCAGGAGCACCCCUUACUUGGGCAGCCAUUUUUUGUCCUACAUCCUUGCCGGACUAAUGAAUUCAUGUCUUCUGUACUGACCAGUUCACGGAAAGAGAAUAGACGCACAAAUUACAUUACAUCAUGGCUGAGUUUUGUGGGCCCAGUUGUGGGUCUAAAUCUACCCUUGAGUUAUGCAAAACUAGCAUCUGAGCAGAAUACAAACGCUGAUUUAAUCGAAAGGCCUCUGAGCUGAAGGACAGAUUAUGGUUAGCUGAAGCAAAGCUACUGCAGACUUUCCUAGGAAUCAGACAAACACAGACCAAAGGAAUCCCUCCUGAGUGGUAAGCAAUGCAACUUGGGAAGACAACUGUUCAGGUCUCUUUCCUGACAAGAGCUUGCCUGGUUACCGUUAAAGACCUAAGAGCUGGCUACAGUUGGGACAAUGACCCUCAAGUGCUACCAAGACAUGAACUCCCUUGUGAUAGCAUUGACCACUUAAAGUUACUCAUUUCUUUGCCUCUGUUUUAUGGGAGCUGUGGCCUUAACAGGACUGCACCCAAACGCACAAGCCUUGUUAUAGAGUUGAAGUGCUGGGUUUUGAAUCUGCUAGAAGUAUCCGCUAAAAAUCAUAUUUCUAGAAAAUCGUGCACCAUAUGUGAGGACACGUACAGCAAAACACGUUUUAGGAUGUCAUCUGAACCUGUAGCAAUCAGUGCAUGGGCUGGGACUGAUUUCCCUAGGGACCACCUUCUCCAGCACACUGACACACGGGCCCUCCUGCGUAUUCCACAUCACGAUACACUUUGUUGCCUGCACCAUGCACACAACGUAUCCUGUCCCGUGGUGCUAAUCCCAGGACUGAAUAAUACUUUGCUGAGAAUUUUUUUUGUAUGUCAUGCCUCAGGGAACAAACAGAAUCCAGAUUCUAGACAAAUAGAGUACUUAUAGUCUAUAUCUGACUAAGCAUGUACAGUUCUGGAGUUCAAAAUGCCUCAUGCUCUAGGAGAACAUCUGGCUUUUCCCUUCUUCACUGCCUCCAAAGGAAGCUUUGCCAUACCCUGAGGGAGUUACUGUUGUAGUCAGUUAGUAUUUCUCAUUGUACUCCUACUUGUUCACAAGUUCAGUCCCCAUCCAGCAGCCCUUAUGCAAGCCUCCCCUGAUAGCUGUUGAAUUUUGAGAAAGCAGAAACUGCAUAGUAGUGCAAUCAGUGAAAAACAGAUUAGAAGUAACUUCAUAUAAGUAAUCUUGGAUUCCUUCCCAAUCACAUUUUAUUUGUAGUAUAAAACAGAACACAAGUCCUGAGCAAUUGAGAUGGAAUUACGGAUUUUACUUUGUAUGUUCAGCAAUAUGUCACUUGCAUACUGAGUCCAACGUAUGCCACAUCAGAGGUGGAAACGUAAAACGCACAGGAUUUCAAAUUCUGGGCUUUCAGAUGUUUUGAUUGGUUGCAUAUUUUUAACUUGCAUCAUAUGUUAUUGGUGGGUUGAAAUACAGUACAGUCUUUAAAAUUCCAUUGGUGCAGUUAAAUUCUUUUGUCAGUCAUUUGGAAUUAAUAAUGAAAGCACAUCAUUUAUCCCAUUCUGGAUCAUAAUCUGAAAAACCAUUUUUCCAUGUUAGAUUUAUGAAAUACCACCUUCUGUUCGUGUAACAGGACAGCAGAUACACUGUCUUUUUUAACACUUAUGGUAACAUAUGCUUGAUAAUUACAUCCAUAUCCCAUUUUCAUAUUUAAGGGAGAUUUAUGCAGGAGGAGAAACAAAAAACAGAUAACAGUUUUUUAGGAGCCCCAUAUAGAGGGUUAAAUGUUCAUGCCUGCUCCGUGAUCUUCAUUAGUGCUGCAGUGGAAUAAAGCGGUAAAAGCACUCAGCCAUUCUCAGCUACCCAGCAUUUGUAGGGGCAGCUCUACAUCAGCUUCUCCUGCCUCUAUCCAGACUGGCACAACGUGCUGGCUAGCCCUUGAGACCCUUAUUCCCCGGCUGGCCUCAGGUAGCUUUAUUUACACCAGGGUCUGAAUUAGCUUGUACUGUCCUUAGGAUCAGGGAAGUGGAAAAAAUUGACAGAGUUGCUCAUAUAAACCAUCAACAUUGAAUGCUACAUUGGCAUAUGUUGAGGAUCAGUUAUGCUCAUCUUCCCAUAGCAUCACAGAUGUUACCUGGCUCUGUGCUGUGGGUCAAAUAUGCAGAAGAAAUUCCACUUUUAAAGAACAUAAAUAAUAGAAUGCAGUCCUGAAUACAGAGUGGCUUUGGCUUUGGAAUAAUUUAUAGUUGGAAUGCUAGUUUCACUGUUUUAAUAUCCUGGGCAAGAGAGGAUCCUUGAUAAAGAAAGAAAUAGUGACUCUUGAACACCUUCAAGUACUAUCUUCAGUACUAGUUUUUAGACUUUCAGAAGCUUCAGCUGCCAAGAUGCUGCUGUGCAACAUGUAUAUUCAUAGUGUCAUAGAUAUUUCUUGGAGAUGAGCUCUUCCUGUUUUUCUCUUGGAAUCUGAAACCGUGGUAUGACCGUACAAUUCAUAAUAGGGUUUGACCAGUUGGGUUUCCUCACUGUACACAAGACUGCUUAUUGCAAGUCUGUGAAAUAUCACUGUCCUACUCUGAAUGUCAGCAUCUCAUCUUUGUAACACUGUGCAUCAGACUAUGUAACUUACAGCUUGUAAUUAGAGACAAAAGAAAGCGUGUA